CUCUUGUAUGUUGAGAUGGCAAUGCAGAGGAAACAAUUGUGAAACCAACCAUUCAAAAUGAAAAUAUAUAACGCCGAAUAGCCCCUACACUCUGAGAAAGGGGGGUGCCUGGGCAUAGUUACAUGUUUGAGAAGAAACAAGUUAUCACAGUGCAAUGAAAUGGCAACUAAAGAACCACCAGCCAGAAAAGCAAAAUUCAUCCCAAGGAAUAAGAAGAAUGUGACUCCAGCGGAAAUGAAGAAAAUGGCACCCCAGCAGAAGGCCCGGUACCGAGCGUAUGAAGACCCCAGCAAGGACGUGUUAAACUUGGUUAUGAACACCCAGCAGCGGCUGAGACAGCAUGCCGCAAAAGAGCGUCAGGACCUCAACAUGAAAACCACUGACCCAAAGGCAGACGUGGAGUUAGGGAAGCAGGAGAAACUGAUCGGCCAACUGAAGGCCGCUGAAGCAAGGAAUAGGAUCCGGAUCAUGAGGCUGCGAUAUCAGAGCAUGAGAGCUCAAGAAAUAAAUCAUCUGAUAGCAUGCCAGUCAACAGCACAGAAGUCAGUUCGACUGGAGCUACUGCUCCCUCCCAGGCUAGACACAGAUAACCCAGAAGACUCCCUGGAUAAAAUAGAGAGGACAAGAGUUGAAGAGAUUCUGGAGGACGAAAGGGGUCUCACUGUAAUUAGAACCUCAUGAAGUGUGUUUGUGUGACAAAUAGUUCUUGAUUGGCCCCUUGCAUAACCAGGUACACAAGCUGCAGAAAAAUGGCAUUCACUUUCUUCCAUAAUGACUGACAAUUAACUGUCUUUACUAAUUAUCUUUGUAGCCCAAGUGGUGAAAUGUUUUCAUCUAAAAAAAAAAAGAAAAAAAAAGAAACAGGUAACCAGCUUUUACAAACAAAAUACAGAACCGGUUACAUUUUUUAACAGAAAUUAUCGAGAUACUAAUAUAGCGUCCAUGGUAAUUGUCUUAAUCUCCUCUAUACUACUUAUACAUAUAAAAUAAUAUAUUAUAUAGCACCUUUCAUAGUGGAUCACCAUCAUAAACCACUUUACAGUGGUAGGCUGUGGAGGUUAAGUGACUUGCUUAGGUUCACACAGUGAGUCAGUCAGUGGCAGAGAUGAGAUUUGAACCAGCAACCUUUUGGUUACAAGCCCUGGACUUUAACCAGGGGACCACACUGCUUCCUAUGCAUAAUUAUAUGCUUUUCUACUCCCAAUUUAGAAUCACACAGACUGACCUUAAUUGUACAUAAAAGCCUAAGCACAUGCAGUUCCUUUGUACACAGUAGGGCGAAUUUAAAAGAACAGUUUCUGUGAUUUUAAAGGAUGACGUAUUAAGGGUCGAUCAGGCUUAUGGCAGACUAAACAGAACCUGUUAAAAGAUACAAUGCCACAAGUGCUUUUUUCCCAUUAUCCUGUCUUCAAACCAUGUAACACUUUCUAACACCUUUAAUAAGCCAGUGUGUCCUUUCA